AUGUGUCAAAGGGAGUGCGUCUUCUUUGGUAUCAACUCUCACAUGAAGAAAUGUCGUACCCAUAAGAAAGUAUUAAGGUCUGGGAUCUCUGAUGAAGCCGGUUGGAGACACUACUCUGGUAUCGAUUUUUCUAGCAUGCCCAAAGAUUGCAAGGAUCUCCGAGAAAACGGACAAACCACAGGGGUGUAUGAUAUAUACCCCUACAGUACAUUAACCACUCCAAUAAAUGUUUACUGCGAUUUGACCACAAUGGGCGGGGGAUGGACGGCCAUUCAGAAACGCGUAGACGGAUCUGUGAGCUUUGACAGGAACUGGACGGACUAUAAGAAUGGAGUUGGUUCACCAGAACAGAAUGUCUGGAUUG